AUGACGUUCGCAGAAACGUGUCCACGCUUGCCUAACCCUUCAAGAUGGACCGUCUUCUUUCUGUAUUUUGUCUCUCGGGUCUCCUGGACUUUUCCAGCCGAAGGUCUGUCUCGUGUGAUUGGUUCCCCUAAGCCAAUCACAGCCGCCCCGGGUGAUGACGUAAUCCUGCCGUGUCACCUGGAACCUCGGGUCAGCGCGCAGUGGAUCACGCUGGAAUGGACGAGGACUGACAUGAAGCCCGGCUACGUGUACUUUCGUCGAGGCGGGGUAGAGCUCAGGGACACCAAGAUCUCAUCGUACGCAGACAGGGCGGCGCUGUCCGCAGACGAGCUGAGGCGUGGCAACAUGUCGCUGAGCAUCAGGAACAUAACGUUGGCAGAUAAAGGAAUGUACCGAUGUUUCGUCCCCAGUUUAAAGAGCCAUGUCGUCGUACAGCUUAUUGUUGGUGAGAAACAAACUUGGACGACGGCAGCGCCGCUGACAACCAGAGAUCUCCAGACUCCAGAUCCCGGAGUUGUGACGGAUGCCAACGACGUUCGAAGGCGUUCCAUCAUCUGGAUCCUGCCUGUGGUCAGCAUCGCAUUGCUACUAGUAACGGCGGCCACCGUAUUUAUCGUCAAACAUAAGCGGCGACGACGUGAUGACGUGCGGAACAAGCAGACGGACGACGCUGCGUCGGGUCUCAUUGUAGCCGAGACGCAAAGCAAACCGUUUGCUGCGUAGACGACGUGGGCGAGGAAACGUCGGUGGCCGUUGUUGGGACGAAAACCAGAGCAGAGGGGGCGUGGCUUCCUUUUGGUGGAUAACUGAAAAUUGUGGACCAUGGAAAAGGAUCGUCAAUCACAUUCUUGCACAUUACGAUGACGCAGGAAUCUAAUGCACUGGGCAACAAAGGAAGACAUAAAAGACUUCGGGAAUAAAUUGUGUCGGACAGUAUUUAAUGACCGACGUUUGAUACCUCAACUCUAACGCAAAAAAGUUACGUUAAUUGAACCAAAAUUACGUGAGACUAAAAUUAAGUUUUAGUGUUUUGUGAAGAUUUUCGACUGUAAACAAAAGGUGGAUGACAUGACAACCUCGCCCCCUGGUGGCUGGCUGCACUGUAGGUCAUAAGCUCUGCCCCCUCAUUGUUAGCAGAUGGGACACAAAAAAACAAAUACUAUACUAUAAUAAUUGUACGAAUCUGAAAU